AAGCAUAUCCAUGGGAAAACAAGGUUCUGUAUUCCACAACCACCCUUCUCUACUUUUCUUGCUGUUAUUGCUUUUUGAAGUCACAGCUGUUGGUCGGGCCGCCCGGUUGAACCACUGGGAGUCUGCAAUCCGACUGCCUUCACAGAAAGAUGAGCCGCGAGAAGAUCAGGAACUCGAAACAAAAUGGGCUGUUCUCGUGGCUGGCUCAUCUGGCUUUGGUAAUUACAGGCAUCAGGCAGAUGUAUGCCACGCCUAUCAGUUGUUAAGGAAAGGAGGAUUGAAGGAAGAGAAUAUUAUUGUGUUUAUGUACGAUGACAUCGCCAUGAAUGAGCUGAAUCCCAGGCCAGGAAUCAUCAUCAACCAUCCCCAAGGCGAGGAUGUUUAUGCCGGUGUGCCUAAGGAUUACACGAGUGAGCAUAUCACUGCUGCAAAUUUGUAUGCGGUAAUUCUUGGUAACAGAAGUGCAUUGAGUGGAGGAAGUGGAAAGGUUGUUGAUAGCAAAUCCAAUGACAGAAUCUUUAUCUUCUACUCUGAUCACGGAGGCCCCGGAGUUCUCGGGAUGCCAAAUACGCCAUGGCUGUACGCCAUGGAUUUUCUUAAUGUCUUGAAGGAGAAACAUGCAGCUGGAAGCUACAGAGAGAUGGUUAUAUAUGUAGAAGCUUGUGAGAGUGGAAGUAUCUUCGAAGGCAUAAUGCCAAAUGAUCUGAACAUUUAUGUAACAACAGCAUCGAAUGCCCAAGAGAGUAGUUGGGGAACUUAUUGUCCUGAUAUGGAUCCUCCUCCACCCCCGGAGUUCAUCACUUGUUUAGGAGAUUUGUAUAGUGUGGCCUGGAUGGAGGACAGUGAAACUCACAAUCUAAAGAGAGAAACUAUAGAGCAACAAUAUGAAACAGUAAGGAAACGGACUUCCGAUUUCGACGCGCACGCAAACGGUGGAUCCCAUGUGAUGGAAUAUGGGAAUACAAGCAUUAAAGCUGAGAAACUUAAUUUGUAUCAAGGCUAUGACCCUGCUACAGUGAACUUCCCUCCAAAUGAAUUAAGCCAUGACAUGCACAUGGGAGCUAUUAACCAGAGAGAUGCAGAUAUUCUCUUUCUAUGGCAUAUGUACAAAAAUUCAGAAGAUGGAUCAAUGAAGAAAGAAAUACUGACACAGAUUACCCAGACUAUGAGGCAUAGAAACCACUUGGAUGGCAGCAUCGACUUGAUCGGAAAACUCUUGUAUGGGCCAGCGAAAGGCUCUGCUGUCCUCAACGCCAUCGGGGAACCUGGUUUGCCCCUUGUUGAUGACUGGCAGUGCCUGAAAUCCAUGGUUCGGGUGUUUGAAACACAUUGCGGGUCACUAACUCAAUACGGAAUGAAACACAUGCGUGCAUUUGCCAACAUAUGCAACAGUGGUGUUUCCCAUUCCAUACUGGAGGAAGCUUGUGUUGCCGCAUGCGGCUGCCAUGAUCUGAGACAAUGGCAUCCUUCAAACCAGGGUUAUAGUGCUUGAUUGGUUAAGUAUAUGUGCUUAAGGCCAUUUGCUACCUUUAAAUCUGAAAUAUUUUCCUAGUUGGUGUUGUAUG